AAACCCCGUGGUUUUUGGGCGCGGAGGAACAGGAACCUCGCUGGCGCGGUUUUCCGCCCGCCUUCAGACCCACCCCGGCCCCGGCUUUUCGGGGGGCCCCGGGGGGCUCCGGCCUUGGGGGCCCUUGGGGAGCAGCUGCCCCGUGAGGGGGGUCCCACCCUGAGGGGGGCCCCACGCUGGCUUUGGCCGUGUCCCACCCUCGGUGAGGCGACGUUGGUGACAGAAGAUGGCGCCGGGGCUGGCGCUGAACCUCCUCCUCUUCCUCCUCUUGGCCGCGCCAGGCCUGGGGAAGGACGAGCAACCCAACUCCACCAUCCCCGUUUCUUUGGCAGCCCGGGCGCAAGAACCCCAACUCUCGGAGGUGACCGGAGCCGUGGGCGGGGUCGCAUUCCUGAACCCCCAGAGCCCCCACGACCCCUCAAAAUACUCCCAAAUCCACUGGCGCUGGAAAAACCAGCUGAGGAUCGCCGGCCGGAAGCGGGGGAAGCAGCCCGUGUACCCCCCGAGCCAAUUCCGGGACCGCCUGGAGCUCCUGGACAACAGCACCCUGAAAAUGAGCGCGCUGAGCCUCGAGGACAUCGCCGAGUACCGCCUGUACCUGGAGGACGACACGGGCAGGGAGACCGUGGAGAGCGUCCUGCUGACGGUCUACGACCUGGUCCCCAAGCCCCGCGUGACGGCCACCACCAACGGUGACCCCCGGCAGUGCAACACCACCCUGAACUGCUCUGUGAGCCUCCAAGGGGUCACCUACGAGUGGCUCCCGCCCCAGAAGCCCCUGGCGAGGGACGGCCCCGUCCUGAGGGUCUCCUUCACGCCCACGGCGGAAACCUACGUCUGCAAGGUCAGCAACCCCGUGUCCUCCAGCAACGCCUCGCUGACCUUCCGGCGCCCCUGCAGCUGGACAGAGGAGCCCUCGUCCGUCGCCCGCGCCACGCCCGGCGCCCUGCUGGUCCUGGGACACCUCGUCCUCCUCUUCCUCCUGCUCCCCGUGGCUUGAGGACCCCGUGGGUGGCGCCGCCUGUCACCUCCUCACCUUCCAACACCGGGACCACGACCCCGGAAUCCUCCGCGAGCGGAGAAACGCUCGAGGGAGCGGAGUCACCGGAACCGUUCAGUUUGCGGUGCAUCUGGAGAUCCUCCCCUCAUCCCAAAGCCUGCGGGGGGACCCGAUCUGAGCCUUUCCCCUGGAAUUUUGGGGGAUUCCCCCUUUUUUUGGGGUGGCCUUGAAGGGCAGGGCCGAGGCAGCGCCUUUGGCGCUCCCCGCCAGGGAGGGUUUGGGGCCGGUUUUGGAUUUCCCAGAUGUCACUUUGCACAUUAAAUUCCACCCUGAACACCA